UAUGGCAAAUCGCGCCUGCUCUUUGCAGGCAGCCCUGCUGCUGCUCUUGCUAACCUUGGUCAGCUCACAGAACUCCACUAGCUCCACUUCUACUUCCACUCCGAGCUCCAGUAUGAGUCGGGGUGUCAGUUACCUGCGCGAGAAACCAACGCAUCUGCCGCAUCUGCUGCAGCGCCAGAAGAGAUGGCUCAUCUUUGAACUGGGCACCUCCAUCACGCUGACUGCCAAUUGUGCCAAGGCCAUAUUGGACACUAUUCCCAGAGGCAUGUUGCUGCUGGGCGAGGCUACAGCCAUUUAUGAUAUGCCAGGAUCUGUGGCCGAUUGGCUGCCACGACGCAGAGGCAAACCAAAGCCGCCCCCACCACCGCCACCACCACCUCCUCCACCGCCGCCGCCACCACCACCGCCGCCACCUCCUCCACCUGCCAUUCCAACGAUAGUGCUGCCAGCUCCAGUGCAGCCGUACAUUCAGCCUAUCCAACCAGCUCCAGUUGACCCCUUCAUACUCCCACAGCAGCCUGUGAUUGUGCCCCUAAGUCCCGCCGAUCCCGUGCAUUCGUUUUAUUAUAACUAUCCGCAAGUAGCACCCAUUUUGGGCCAUCGUAAGUCCAGCGUACAGAGUACAGGUUGUCCGGCCUCGCAGCUGGUGAAGGAUGCGUAUGGCAACUAUUAUUGCCGACCAACGGCGAUAUCGCGUCGUCUGAGGCGUGAGCUCGAGAGGAAUGGUGCAAAUCUGCUGAACCAGGGACAGAGUCCACAUGGCAUGCUCUUCGACUUGCUCGUAAUGCUGUCCGAAUUGCAUCAGUAUCAGCCGCGUUACUGCAUCAUGCGAACGCUGUGUGAAUCGCGCCAUCUGCUGGCACCGCCUGGACAAUCGCUGUUCCAUGAUAUCUUUCGCAUUCUGUUGCGCUACGUACAUCCGGAGAUUGCCCAUAAGCCCACAUAUCGCAAGGCCUUCACCGCCGGCCAUACAUUGCAUGAAUGCGCACAGUGGUAUGGGCUGCAUUGUCCCCAGAGUUUUUUGCUGCAAUUCAGCAAACAUUUUCAGACCAAAUUUGCACAAUCAUUUAAUAAAACGACAUAAA